AGCGUGCGCCCUGGCUGAGACACGGAGCCCUCGGAUCUCUCAUGAUAGAUGAUAUUUUUUACAUUAUUUGGACCAAGUAUUUCUAAUGCAACAAAAUGGACAAACAACCAAAUGGAACCCAGCAACGUUUCUUUCUCACGCCAAACGUGGAGCAUUAAUUCUGGGAUUACCCACUGAUCGUAUUUGUUUGCCUGCACCCUGGAGCGCACAGUCCUCCUCUGCCAGAGAGGUGCCUCCGCUGUCCCGGAGGAUGCUCAGGCUUCGAUAAUUUCUUUUUCUUCCCAACAUUACUCCUGGGAGCCCGUCGGAAAAAACAUCCUGACUUCACACGGACAGUUUUGCGCAUUGCGUAAUUGGCACAGAAAUGCGCGUGUUCCUCAGAUAAGCGCCACAUAAUGUUGGGACUCGUCUCUCCUGGAAGGCGUUCGUCGCACCGCGUAGUGUGUUGUAAACGCAGAAGAACCAAGGAUGAGAGUGUCUAGUAUGCGUGGGGAGAAGGGUCCACAUCCGAUGCUGGUGGCGCUCUGUGGACUGUUUUUGGCUUUGACGCGGAGCGGAGCAGUUUCCAGAUGUGUGGACCACGCCUGUAGUCCACCCAUAGGGAACCUGGCCAGCGGCAGGACCCCCACCACCCUCUCCAGCUGCUGUGGGAACAACUCCCCCCAAUGCUGCCCUUGCCCCCAUCCUCCCAUGACCCCUCACCUCUGCCCCGAGGACAAUCACCCACCUGCUCACAUGACCGACGACCCUUUCUCCAAGCCGGAGACCUGGUGGGCAUCAGGUGCAAGGACCGCCGUGCAGGGGCAGCAGGACAAGAUCCAGUUGGAUCUGGAAACACAGUUCUGUCUGUCCCAUGUGGUUUUGGUGUUCAGGUCGCCCCGGCCCGCUGCCAUGGCCAUUGAACGUUCAGCCGACUUUGGGAGGACCUGGGAGGCUCUUAAACUAUUUGCACGCAAUUGCAGCGCGGAGUUUGGUUUGGCUGAUGAUUUUAGUCAGCCAGGCUCUUUGUGUACAUCACGUUACACCAGUCCCACACCCUGCAGUGGUGGUGAGGUAAUAUUACGGACAUUAGACCCCAGCGGUGCUAAAAGACUGGACCCUUACAGCUCAGAGGCCCUUGCCCGCCUCACCCUCACUAACCUCCGCAUCAGACUGCUAAAAGCUCAGACCUGCUCCGCACCUCUGAACCUGCCGACAGGACGCACAAGUCCCACAGCCUCAACACUGACCUCCACAUCCACUACAGAAAACUCAGCACCUUAUGCCAUUUACACUUUACUGGCCAAAGGGACCUGCCUGUGCCACGGACAUGCUGAGUAUUGUGUACCACACAACAGCAGCCAAGACACUAGUCAGGACAGUAAUGUGGUGUCUGGUAGGUGCCUGUGUACUCACCACACGGCGGGGGAUCACUGUGAGAAGUGUGCCCCGCUCUACAACGAUCGUCCCUGGAGGCCCGCCAACGGCAGCAGCGGGGAGCCGAACCCGUGCCAGAAGUGCGAGUGCCACGCUCACGCAGACAGCUGCCACUUCUCUCAGCGGGCAUGGCUGUCAUCCGGUGGCUCCAGCGGUGGGGUUUGUGAUGACUGCCGGCACAACACGGUUGGGCGUAGGUGCCAGCGCUGUCGCCAUGGCUACCACCGUCACCCGUUCCUGCCCCUUCAUUCCCCCCACGCCUGCACACGCUGCAGGUGUGAUCCACAGGGCUCUUUGUCUCCUCGGCCUGGAGAGGAGGGACCCUGGUGCCACCCUCGGAGUGGACAGUGCCACUGUGAAUCAGGUGUAGGGGGCACAAGCUGCAGCUACUGCCUGCCUGGCUACUGGGGCUUUGGAGAUAAGGGCUGUGAACCCUGUGCCUGCCCUCUCAGCUGCGACCCCACCACUGGGCAGUGUCUCGACAGCUACACAGAUAAUCAGGUGUUCAAUGUGCCUGUUGGAGGUAAAAUCCCUGAUCUGGAUCAUAUGUUCCCAAUUGAAGAAGAAGUACAGUGGUCGAAGGAGCUCGCAGUCUCUGCUCUGCAUUAUACAGGAAAGUGCAGCUGCAAGGAGAGGAAACUGAAAAGUGUGUCUGACCUCUGUAAGACUAAACACGACUAUGUGAUCAAGGUCAGCGUGCUCUCUGCUCAUGACAAAGGCAGCCACGCAGAGGUCCAGGUCAAAGUUCGCAAGGUUCUUCGAUCAGGGCAGGUGGUACUGAACCUGGGAACCAUCAGCAUCUAUCCUCUGUCCUGGACCAGCCGCGGCUGCACCUGUCCGAUACUAAACCCCGGUAUGGAGUACCUGCUCGCAGGCCCAGAAGAAGCUGGAACAGGCCGUUUGCUGGUCACCAUGCAAAGUGUGGUGGCCCCCUGGACACCUCGACUGGGUCUACUCAUAUCAGAGGGCCUGAGGAAUGGAUGUCCAUGAGCUCUAUUAUCUGUAAAGGCAGGACACACUCCAGAGAACUGCACAAUUCAUAAGUCCGUGGACAAUUCAGAAAAGGGACUGAAAAUAUCACUGGACAACAUCAACGAUGGCAAAUUAUCCAAGUGGUGAACUCAUGGUCAAUCCUGAAGAGCAGUACUCACACUGUGUGAGUGUUACAUGAAAUAAAGACUGAAAUUAAUGCUUGGAAAUCAGAUUUGAUAAACUGUCUGUAAAUGUGAUGUACCUUAAAUUAAAAAGGUCUUAACCA